GACGACGAACGUUAGUUAACAGCGACGUUAAGGUGGCGACGUUGACUUGAGUGAUCUUCAGUUGUUUGGUGAACCUCGUGGCGUUUGGAUCAGUUUCGUUUCGUCGAGUAUCGUUGUUGACGCGCGCUCCCCCUUGAAGUUGUGUUUUGGAAGUGAGAUGAAAUCCCUCCUGUUGCUCUCGGUCGUAGUGGCCGCAGCUUCGGCACAAUGCCUUGCCCCCAACGACAACAUCCAGCACAGCAAAGCGGACAAUCCGCUGGCCCGGAAUCGGCUCUACAAAGGGCAGUCGAUAUUCACGCUGAAGCUGCUGGAGGCCAUCAAUUCGGCUACCCCGAAUGAGAACAUCUUCUUUUCACCGUACAGUCUGUACCACGUGCUGCUGUUGAUGUACUUCGGUGCCCAAUCGGAUACGGAGAUGACCCUACGUAAGGGGCUCGAGUUGCACUGGACCGAGGACAAACCGGUGGUCUGGCAGGCAUACACCACCGGGAAAAAAUCGAUGGUUUCACGCUUCAACCAGGACAAGGCGAUCCAGUUCGACUCGGUCGACAAACUUUUCUUCGGCCAGCAGAUACCGGUGGAGGAAUGCAUGGAGGACAAAUUCUAUGACGAAAUUGAAAAGCUAGACUACGAGAACGACCCGGAAGCCCAGCGACUGUACAUCAACGCCUGGGUGCAGAAUGUGACCCAUGGCGAGAUCAAGGACCUGCUGAUUCCUGGAUCGAUCACCCGCAAUACCAAGCUAGCGGUUGCGAAUGCGGCAUUUUUCAAGGGCACAUGGCAAAGCAAAUUCAAACCGGAGCUAACCAAACCGGACGUUUUCUACGUCGACAAUGGUCCAGCAGUUUUCGUGGACAUGAUGAACGUCGAAGGCACCUUCAGUCAUGCUGCCAAUGAAAAACUUGGUUGCCACAUUCUCGAACUACCCUACCAAGGCCAGGAUGAGGCUAGCCGCAUUUCGAUGUUCGUCUUUUUGCCUCCGGUGGAACCGAACGCCCUGGAGAAAUUGCUCGCACGACUAACCUCUCAGAACGACAUUCUAAGCGAAAUCGUCAACGAAGGCAUCUCCCGCCGAGUGGACGUCAAGUUGCCAAAGUUCAGCAUCGAAAAAACCGUUGAAAUGAAGCCGGUCCUCGAACGGCUCGGUAUGGGCAAAAUCUUUGAGAAUUCGGCCAACUUCAGAGGUUUCGCCCGGAAUGAUACCAUUGGUUUCGAUGAGGUUCUGCAGAAGUCCAAGAUCACCGUCAACGAGGAGGGUUCAACGGCCGCCUCGAGUACGAUCGCGUUCAGCUUCCGAUCGUCGCGUCCCGCUGAUCCAGCCAUGUUCCACUGUAACCAUCCGUUCAUAUUCCUCAUCUACGACUACGCCACACAGGCUGUGCUGUUCAACGGCGUCUACCGUCGACCAGAGUAAAUACAUAUGUAUAAUAAUAAGCGUCGCAAUACAACGUGCUUUUAAUAUUGUGUUAAGAAGUGUUUUGUAAACAAUUUCAUCUCAGAUUUAGCUCGAAUGACUUAAAAAAUAAGCAAACCCCCGUUUGCACUAGUGACUAUUUAUUCAAUUUGGAAACCUUGAUACAACAUUCAAAUCUCAGUGUCCGUUAUGUACAAGCUAAAUGAUAAGAAUUUAUUAAAGUUGAAAAGAGAAACGA